GUAUGGCGUUUCCAUCUAGUAGUCAUGUAUCGUCGUUUAUACCAACCAGCUCAGGACAGUUUUUUCCACCACACGGUUUGAGGAAGACACAUUUGGCAAGCUCUGCUACGAAGGCAUCUAAAUUCUCUCAUUGAACCAAUCGACCAAAACAGUGCGGAAAUGAGUGCGCAUCCCUCGACCACCUCGUUCGCACAGGAACAGGCUGCCGAUAUGCUGGCGUCCAUUAUCGCCCAGCUGCCAACCGUUCCGAGCGGUGAGCUGGAGGACGGUCAGCUGCCAACGGAUGAGAAGCGGCCGGCGAACCGGUCUGCAUCGGCUGCCGCCAUACAGCAGUCGAAACGGUUGGCAAAGUUGAAGCAGAAGCUGGAUCGACAGAACAACUUUAUGGUGGAGUUGAAGCGGAAGAUCCGCGAAAAGGAAGCGAUGAAACCGAAGGCGGAUUGUGACCGGGAAGAGUUGGCGUUUCUGAGGAAUCGGUUAAAGAAGGAGGCCGAACUGCAGCACAAGCUGCUUGCGGAUGUGAUUGCCGAGAUGCGGCAGGAAGGAAACCAGUGGCAAUCGAUAGGGCUCUGUCCGGACAGGCUGGAUGAGUACUGUGCUAAUCCGUGGACGUUAGGUGCUGUGGCGGUGGAUGAAGACCGACGCUUCUCGGUGGAUUCUACCCUGUCAGCACUCAGCUCGGAUGAACAGGUUGGAGAAAAGGGCACCUGUCCGGAUGCGGAAAUGGCGAAACGCUUCGAGAAAGAGCUGAUGAACCGUGACCGUGUGAUUGAGAUCCUGCAGAGUCGGCUCGAUCGACUGUCGGCCGAUGUGCACAAAGUGUGCCAAGACAAUGAUGCAAUCUUGGACCGGACUCCGAAACCCGUCGCACCAAUAACGCCACGCUUCUGCGAAACGGAUAUGAUGCAUCGGUUGGAGUUUUAUCGCACAAACACGGAAACGUUGGGACAAAACUUGGAAGAAAUGGAAAAGGCGUUACACUGCAUCCAGAAGGAGUUGGGCCCAAUGAGUGAGACGGAGUGUCCGCUGAAGGCGGCCUGCUCGAAGCCCUCGCCGUCGAUGUGCGAUAAGACUCCCUGUAAGCGAUCGGUUUCCUGUCAGCAAGCUUCCGGUGGUGCUGAUGACCGACCAACGGUUUGUGUGCUAGGGGAAAUAUCCUCAAAGCACGAAUCCGGCGAACCUUUGAUAUGUGCGAAGGAUGCCGAUGCUCAGAAGCAGUACGCAAUGUUGCUGACCGAGUACACCAAGAAAACGACCGAGUGUCGACAUCUGUGUGAGCGCCUUGCAAAGGUACAGGCCGGUCCGGGUGAACCUUCGCCGGAGGAUACUGAGCGGGACCUGCUGAAGAAGCGCUGCUCGGAGUUGCUGGACGAACAGGACGAGUUUCGGGUGCUGAUCCGCGAGCAGGCCAGUCAGCUGGAUGACUAUCGUGCCCGGUAUCUCGCUGCUCAGCAGGAGGUCGAAGAGCAGCGUCUUCAGAUGGGCAAGCUGCAGGUCACAAACCGACGUGUGGAGAAGCAGAUCAACUUUGAGAUUGAACAGAUCAAGCGCAAGUUCCAGGACAAACUACGCCAUCUCACACCCUAUCCACGGCUGCUGGAGGACGAGCAGGCCAACUCGGAAAAGUUGAAACGAUCCAACGAAACGCUGUUCGUCGAGCUGGAGCGAUCAUUAAAGCAGGUGAAGCUCCUGGAGGACCGUCUCCAGCAAGUGCACGUGGCGAAAGACGGUGAAGUGAAACAAGCUCUGCAGCAAGCACAACCCGAACUCGACCAGGCCCGGGAACGGUUGGAGGUGGUCUUGAAAGAAAAACGCCUAAUAGAAGAGGAAGCGCUCCGCUGGCAACGGGAGCUGGACGAGCUGCGGACCGAAAGUGCCAAGAUUAUUGAGCGUUCGAAUCAGCGCGUCGAGAAGGAGCGGGAAGCGGCGCAGAAGAAGUACAGCCAGCUGGAAAGUGAGUUGGCCCAGUGCCGGGCGGAAGCUUCCUUUACGAUCGGGAACCGCGAGCAGGCGUUGAGGGAGAUGCACACCCAGAUCAAGAUACUGUCGGCGAGCUUUGACGAUGCGCAGCUGCAGAUCCGUUCGCUGCGCAAUCAGCUGGCCUAUCUGCAGAACGAGAAGCUGGUCUGUUUGGCGUAGCUACUGUGGGAUGGUUGUAAUUUUCUCGCAUGUGGGCGUUUUUCGAUGAAGGGAUUUUGUCUAAAUUCUACAAGAGUUUCAAUAAAUUGUUGGUAGAGCGUUGUCAGGAGCCUUAGGCGACCUUGUCAGGAAGCAUAUCUUAAUCUAUAAAGAGCAUUGACUCCAUCCAUGAAGAACUCCAUCAAUUUUGGGCCUUUCGAAUUCC